CCUAUUUUCAUGUACUUUCAUUCAACUUUUUUACACCGUUAAAACCCCCUCUCACCCAACCCAAGAAUCCUUACUCUAAAACCUCAUAACAAGAAACCUUUCUCACCUCAAUUUUCCCUAAAAAAAAUGCCCAGAAAAAGAUCAUCCCCCAUUUUCCAAAAGCUCUCAAAUCUCUCCAAAAUCUCCAUCUUCAUAGCCAAAAUGAAAAAACCCAUCAUUCCAAAGCUCAUUUUUCUCAAGAAAUCAAGAAAGCUCAAGAAGUUCAAUCUUCUACAGCAUUACAACUAUGGGUAUAUGCAAGAAUACCAAUUCUCUCCUUCAAGCACUUCUCUCAUUCAUUACCACAGAAAGCCAUUCAAGAAGAGCAAACACAGAGACAUAUAUUCCAAUUUCUUUCUUUUCAAGUGUUUGGGUAGGUUGAAAAAUGGAGGAGGAGGACAUGGGGAAUUUGAAUUGGAGGUUUUGCCAAACAUUGAAGAUGCAGUAGCUAGUAGAGAAUUGUCGGAAUUAUCCGAGUCGGGUUGUGAAGAAGAUUCGGUUGAUGAGAGGGCUGAGAGGUUCAUUGAGAGGUUUUAUGAAGAGAUGAGAAUGCAGAGGCAGGAAUCAGUGUUGCGGCUCAUGGAAUGCUAGAAGAAAUUAUGAAGAGAUGAGAAUACAGAGGAAAGCUCAUGGAGUGCUUGGGAUAAUGUUGUUAAUUUGUUGAGUUAUUUCUUUGGGGGAUAUGUUCUCCACAGGAAUUUUAAAGAUUGUGGAGAUUAUUCUUAUAUUUUGUGUCAUUUGCUGACAUUUUUUAUUAUAAAAAUGAAGAAAAGGGUGUUUUGAAAGUUUUGACCAGUGCUAGAAGUACAGUUCUGAAAAUUUAAAUUUAAAUGAAGUUUAAUUACUUACACA